AUGAACAAAAUAAGGGAAAAGAUAGAGAAAAAUAGAAGUAGCUAUGAAAAUUACCCCGAAGUAUACAAAUACUUUUCAGAUGUUUCCUCGUGUGUUAUUUGUUUAAAAAAAGAUCUGAAGCCUCAAAAAGCUAGCAUUUUAGCCUGUAAUCAAGAGCAUUCAAAACAAAUUCAAACUGUGGAUUCAAAAAAUACCGUUCAAAAGUCGCUGACUGCUGACUGCAAACAUUUUCUCAAGAGACUCGAGCCGCAAAUUUUUACAAAAACAGAGUAUUUGAAUGUCACAGUUAAAAAGCAGAGCACUCAAAACAACAGGGUAGAGGUUUACCUCAAGUUUCUCGAGUCCAUUGAUGUAACAAGCUCGUCCACUUGUUUUAGGCGGCUUGAUGAAGAGACAUUUUCUGAAGCUUUGAACCUCAACAUCGUAGAUGAGAUUUUCAUAAAUUUCAUAAGGAAACUCGAAAACGAUCCCUUGAUCUAUGAUAAAAGAGACAAAGCAAAGGCGUUGAAUAUUCUAAUACUGGUUUUUUCGUACUGCAACCGCAACAAAAUCAAUGUGAAAAAGUUAAAGUCAAAAAUAGAGGAGAUGUCAUUCCUUUUUACACCAAAUCAAAGCUUUAUUGUUGAUUUGCAGAACGACUUGGCUGUGGAUAAAUUUAUACUUGAGCUCAGGCUCAAUACAUGUGAUUUGAAUGAGGCUAUUUUCAUGAAUAAGGUGUAUCUAAGCAUUUCCAAAAGUAAGGAGUAUUUUGGCCUAUUUCAUAAAAGACUUGUCGAGAGCCUAGGAAGUAUCGAGGAGCAAUAUGCUCUUUCUUUUCUAAAAUACGUAUUUACGCAUAAUACUGUUUUAUUUAGUUGUAUUGACGAAAAUCAACUGUUAAGGCUGAUUUUGUCAUUUUACCAAAAUAUGGGCAAAGUGGAUUAUACGAUCGAAAUCUUCACUAUAGUCAUGCAGAAAGCAGGAGAUGCCUGCCAAACAAUAAUUGGUAUUCUCAAAAAUCUCUGUUUGCAAAGUAAAAAGCACCAAAAGCUUCUAAUGAUCCUUGAGAUUAGAUCCUGCACUAGCUUUUCCGAAGUUAUUGAUUUAAUUAAAGCCAAUACUGAAUCUUUUGACUCUCUAAACUUGCUGUUUGGUGAUUUAAAAUGCAUUGCUGGGUAUAUAACCACAGAUAGAGUAAGAAUAGAUAUGCUUCGAGCUUUGGUGUGCUUUUUCAAAAACCUUAAGCCUGGAUUUAUAGAACGAUUUCUCAAUGGACUUUUAGGCAUCUUGCUUGGCGUUUUAGGUACAGUUACUGAGAUCAGUGCUGAAAUGAUCCAAUUCAACCGGAUCACUGGAAUGAUCUUUCCGAUAUCGUACUGUUAUCACAAAGAAUGA